CGCUGCAGGUCACGUGCUCUAGUUUCAUCUUCCUGUUUACCACUUGUUCCUUGAGACUGUUCACGUAUUGCAACACUUCAACAGUCGUAUGAUUUUGACGAAGAACAACAAAUAAGCAGUGGAAUCCAUAUUCCGUCGUUUAACAAACUUUCAUACUUUUUGACAUUACUGGGAAGCGGAAAGGAAAUGAAGACGUGACAUUGAGGAACCGUGAUCAGGCCAGGAGUCCUCGAGAAUUCCUGAGCCAGGCGUUCCGAGUUCAUGUUGGUGGUUCGGAGGAUUUCUCUGUCAACAAACAAAACGCCUCAGUACCACGCAUACUAGUGAUGAGGCCAAGAACUAUAACGCCAAGAGGGUGAUUGUCUGUAUUGCAUUUUCUAGGCAACACGCUAGAUAAUGUGUUGUAUUUAACUUUAAGUGUAGAUACUUACUUAAAUUGGCUAGCUAGUGAAGCUAACCCUAGUUCCACUGUCUACCAGUUUCUUAGCUAGCUACACUACAGUAAUUAUCCUCUUGAUUUUAGUUAGUUUGGUCACUGUCUGCUUUGCCUGGUCAGUUGUGUCCAGAACGGUUAGCCAGCCCGCUGGCUGGUUAACACAUUUGUUUGUAGAGGUUACCAACCCGGCGGUGCCCUGAAUUCGGGAAGAACACCCGUUUCCGGCCCCUUCAAGCGGGCAGUCAGGAAAAAACUGACUGGGAAGGGAUGGCCUGCCGGGUCUUCCCGUUCCCAACAAGGUGCUGCGGUGUUUGAGGGUGGAAGAGUUCGGAUAGAACCCAAGGUUGCCCGAGGCACAUUGAUGGCUGGAUUAUCUUCCGUGUCUGGGAGCCUCACGGCCUCCGGGCUUACGCUGUCAGGCCGAAAAAGCGAGGAAAUAGCGGAUUUGAUAGAUUUGUUUUCGAAGACACAGUACAGAGCGAAAGAAGUCACCCCACGGGUCGAGACGAUAGAGAGCCGUUGCUUGGAGCUCUUUGGACGGGACUACAAGUACAGCGUCAUCCACAACACCAACGGGGAGGUGUGUGGGCACUACCCACGGCAGAUAGUCUUCCUGGAAUAUGAAUGCACCGAUCCCCAUAAAGACAGGUUUGAGAGCACGGUCCAGACCUCCAAGCUACAAGACUUGGUGAACCGGAGUAAAAUGGCCCGUUGCCGAGGGAGGUUUGUCUGCCCGGUCAUCCUCUACAACGGCAAACAUAUUUGUAGGUCGUCAACUCUGGCUGGUUGGGGGGAGCUGUAUGGACGCACAGGCUACAACUACAUCUUCUCAGGUGGAGCUGAUGACACAUGGGGAGCGGAGUCUGAGCCGGAGGUUCCAGAGGAUGACAGUGCCAGGAACGGGGACUCUCAGCUCUUCGACAAGGUUCGGGGUCUGGAUAUCAAGCUGCUGCGCUACCUCUCUGUGCGCUACAUCUGUGACCUCAUGGUGGAGAACAAGAAGGUCAAGUUUGGCCUAAAUGUUACCUCGUCUGAGAAGGUAGAUAAGGCCCAACGCUAUGCAGACUUCACCUUGCUCUCUGUGCCUUACCCAGGGUGUGAGUUCUUUAAGGACUACAAAGAUAGAGACUACACCGCUGAGGGACUAGUAUUCAAUUGGAACCAGGAUUUUGUGGAUGCCCCUUUGACAAUCCCUGCAAGCUUUACCAAGAACUUGAAUAUAGACUGGAGUGAAUACCAGUCUUGGGACCUGGUCCAGCAGACUCAGAACUACCUGAAGCUGCUGCUUCACAUCAUCAACAGUGACGAUGAGAGCGGUCUCUUGGUGCAUUGCAUAUCCGGCUGGGACCGGACACCUCUGUUUGUCUCCAUGCUGCGACUCUCGCUGUGGGCAGAUGGUGCCGUCCAUGCCAGCCUGGGGCCGGCGGAAAUCCUCUAUUUGACCAUCGCCUACGACUGGUUCCUCUUCGGUCACAUGCUGCCUGAUCGACUCACCAAAGGCGAGGAGAUUUUCUUUUUUUGCUUCAAUUUUUUGAAGCACAUUGUCUCAGAGAAGUUCUCUGUCAUGAAGAAACAGAGGAGGAAAAACUCUAAUUUCAAAGACACUGACUUCACAGUGGAUGACCUUUGCCAGCUGAAGUCCAGAGAUAGGGGCAGCUUGACCAGUCUGAGCAGUGACUUCUCUCUGAUCACAGAGGAUGCGGGCGGAGCCUCCAGCCUCACCUCUGAGACCGUUGACCUUUUCUCUGGCCAGCCCCUUGGAACCUCCAGCUGGAGGAGGGGGCCCACCUCGUCGCCCCAGUCGGUGCUCUGGAGCAGCCGUUCGGACCCCCCGCAGGACCGGCUGGUGCACCCCCUCGGCCAGGAGGCCAGGUCUUCUAGUUCCUCUUCCUCCAACCAAUCAGAUCUGAGCAUCACGCGUGCCGGCAGCAGUCCAAUGUCUGUACCCGGUAAAAGGCUGCCAGCGGACUACGGCCGCUCCGGCUCCUCCCUCUCCACGGACUACGGCAGCUGGCAGAUCGUGUCGGGCUGCGGCUCCAUCCACGACCACGGACAGUUCCUGCUGCCCGCCGCCAUGGCCUCCGCCAAUGACUCGCCCCUGCCCUUUAGCUUCCAGGACGAGGGGCCCAGCGGACGCAUGUGCUCAUCCGGCUCGGAGCGCCAGGCCCGCCUGGAGGCAGUGAGGGAGGUGUUCCUGGCUGCCUACAGCUCCACCGUGGGCCUGAAGUCCAGCGCGCCCAGCCCCUCUGGCGCCAUCUCCGGCCUCCUGGAGCAGUUUGCCCGAGGCGUGGGUCUCCGUGGCACCAACAGCAUCGUCUGAUUCAGGAUAAGGUCAUCCGAAUGUGAACGCUGGGCCUGUAGUCAUCAGAGCCACGACGCCUUAGAAGUACGACUGCUGAUCUUGGAUCAGUCUUUCCUAGAUCGUGAUGAAUAAAAUCUGAUUCGAGAUCAGCACUCUUAUGACGAGGCUCUUUGUGAAUAUAGGCACCCUCCACAUCCCUCCCAUUGAACCCCGUCCUGUAACCGCUUGCGGUCCACAACUGUGGUCCACAAUCUGCAUUUAUGUUUAUUGGGGGAAACCACAUCAUAUCUCGUAUGGACUCCAAUAAAAAGAAAAAGUGCCAAACUUCUCUAUUCAGGGCCUGAA